CACUUCAACCAAGAAGGUUUCAAAAUCUCUUCUCCGUUUCCUUGCCUUGCAAAAAAUCAAGGAAAUAAAGAGAUGUUUCUGAGAAACUUGUUAUUAGCCACACUUUUAGUGGGAUCAAUCCAAGUUCAAAUCUCCGUAUCCCAAAAUUCUCCCCAGGAUUACGUGAACGCCCACAACGCAGUUCGUGCAGAAGUGGGAGUGAGUCCGCUUUCUUGGAACAAGACAGUGGCAGCAUAUGCUCAAAAGUAUGCAAAUUCAAGGAUUAAUGAGAACUGUGAGUUGGAGCAUUCAUAUGGACCUUAUGGUGAGAACAUUGCAGAAGGCUACGGCAACCUAAACGGCGUCGAUGCAGUGACGAUGUGGGUGAGCGAGAAGCCUAACUAUGAUUAUAAAUCAAAUUCUUGUGUCGGCGAUGAGUGCCUGCACUACACUCAGGUUGUUUGGCGUAACUCUGUUCAUCUUGGGUGUGGAAGGGCUAAAUGCAAGAAUGGUUGGUGGUUUGUGACUUGCAAUUAUGAGCCUGUGGGCAACAUAGAGGGUCAGCGUCCCUUUUGAGUUUCUGCUACUCUUAAUUUAUAUAUAAAUAACAAUAUCUAUCAUAAUCUAGGCUAAGAUUGCUCA